UAAAAAAAAAGAGAGCGGUUCACUAUACGUCCGCUAUUUAGUUCGAACCCAGAAUUCGUUAGAGUCACUUGGCAAUCAGAAAAUGGCGGUAUCAUUGGAUCAAGAACAGCAAAACAUGUUUAAAAAAGCAUUUGCAAUGUUUGACACUGGUAAAACGGGCAGCAUUGAGAAGGAGAAAGUUCGAACCAUUUUAAAUACCUUAGGCCAUACCUAUGACGAUAUGGAACUGCUAUCGAUGCUUGACAGUGAAGAUGUUGAAGGAACUGGGAAACUAAAUUUUGAAUCAUUCUGUCGAGUUGCGUUGCAUUUCAAUGAAGAGGUUGAUGACGAAGCCCUACAGAAAGAAUUAAAAGAAGCAUUUCGACUGUACGAUAAAGACGGUAAUGGAUUCAUUCCCAUUUCAUCGUUACGUGAAAUUCUUGGAGCUCUAGACGAUCAAUUAACUGGUGAACAGUUGAACGAAAUGAUUGCAGAAAUUGAUACGGAUCAGUCUGGUACCGUUGACUUUGACGAAUUUAUGGAAAUGAUGACUGGCGACUAAUUCAGUUAGCUUUUACCCAAACAUUUUGUUUUUGGAAUUAAGAACCAUCGAAUUUCAAUAAAGUGUCAAUUGAAUUUUUAUAAAAAGUCCUUAACACA